CACACCACCACACUCCCCAUCAAACAGCACAUUUUGGAUCCAAGCAUGCACCAACAGCAGCUAGAUUUCCGAUUAUCCUCCCCCAAAGUCACCGCAGGCGCAGCAGCAGGCUUCCCCCGUCCGAGAGAGUACGGAGAUUCCACCGAGUGAUGCCACUGACUGCUGCAGCAAGAAAUACACCAAGCUACCGCACAUACUCUCGUCGCCUGCCGGAGGACCCGACACCACAGUCUCGGCCCCUGACAGAAGAGAGAGCCCCCUCCCCGCCCCCCCUCGGCUCCGCUCCCGUCCUGACUCCAGGAUGUCCGACAGCAUCGCAAGUCCCGCCGAUCGGUUGAUCAAAUCGGUCCCCUUCCCCCUGGCCCACCGGCUUACCAUGAAAGAGGUCUUUGACACCGAGGGCCGGCCGCGGGUGGACCUGCUCAAAGCUCACCUCACAAAGGAGGGCCGUCUAGAGGAGGCCGUGGCACUGCGCAUCAUCGAUGAGGGCGCUGCCAUCCUGCGUCAAGAGCGCACAAUGUUGGAUAUUGAGGCGCCAGUCACAGUGUGUGGAGAUAUUCACGGCCAGUUCUUCGACCUGAUGAAGUUGUUUGAAGUGGGAGGUUCUCCUGCCAAUACACGCUACCUCUUCCUGGGGGACUAUGUGGACAGAGGCUACUUUAGCAUUGAGUGUGUGUUGUACCUGUGGUCACUGAAAAUCCUCUACCCAAAGACACUCUUUCUUCUACGGGGAAACCAUGAAUGUAGACAUCUGACGGAAUAUUUUACCUUCAAACAAGAAUGUAAGAUUAAGUACUCAGAGCAGGUGUAUGAUUCCUGCAUGGAGGCGUUUGAUUGCUUACCCCUGGCAGCCCUGAUGAACCAGCAGUUCCUGUGUGUGCAUGGGGGGCUCUCACCGGAGAUACACACACUGGACGACAUAAAGAAGUUGGACCGGUUUAAGGAGCCCCCAGCGUUUGGGCCCAUGUGUGACCUGCUGUGGGCUGACCCCCUGGAAGACUUUGGCAAUGAGAAGACCCAGGAGUACUUUGGCCAUAACACAGUCAGAGGCUGCUCCUAUUUCUACAGUUACCCAGCAGUGUGCGAGUUCCUACAGACCAACAACCUGCUGUCAGUCAUCAGAGCGCACGAAGCACAGGAUGCUGGGUAUCGUAUGUACAGGAAGAGUCAGACUACAGGGUUUCCCUCGCUCAUCACAAUCUUCUCUGCUCCAAACUACCUGGAUGUCUACAACAACAAAGCGGCUGUGCUUAAGUAUGAGAACAAUGUGAUGAACAUCCGCCAGUUCAACUGCUCUCCUCAUCCCUAUUGGCUGCCUAACUUCAUGGAUGUCUUCACAUGGUCGUUGCCUUUUGUGGGAGAAAAGGUGACUGAGAUGCUGGUCAACGUCCUCAGUAUCUGCUCUGACGAUGAACUCAUGAACGAUGGAGAGGAGAUCUACGACGCCAGCGCAGCAGCAGCGAGGAAAGAGGUGAUCAAGAACAAGAUUCGAGCCAUUGGAAAGAUGGCUAAAAUGUUCUCUGUGUUACGGGAGGAGAGUGAGAAUGUGUUGACCCUUAAGGGACUGACCCCAACAGGAAUGCUGCCAAGUGGAGUGCUGUCUGGGGGUAAACAGACCUUGCAGAGCGCUACCAUUGAGGCCAUUGAAGCCAUCGAGACAGUUAAGGACGCUGAAGCCAUCAGAGGCUUCUCCCCGCAGCAUCGGAUCAGCAGCUUCGAAGAGGCCAAAGGUCUGGAUCGGAUCAACGAGAGGAUGCCUCCGCGACGCGACGCCGUCAACAGCGUGGGCCUGUCUAUGGGUCGCAUGAACAUGGGAGAGCCAAAUGGGACCGACAGCAACAGCAAUAUACAGUGAUGGACAUGCACCCCCAUGAUGCCCAGACACAUACCUGCAGUUAAAACUCUGAUAUGGUACCAUAUUUAUAGGUUCCUGUACAUAAGCAUAUAUACCCGAUGAAAAUGGAUCACACAUGAACACACACACAAACAGUAUUUCAUACACUGAGGCUGGAGACAGCAUCACAAAGACACACAUUCAAUUACACACACACACACACACACACACACACACACACACACACACACACACAGUUAACUAUCCCUCUCCCGUUGCCCUCAGCUUUCUGUAAAGGCAUGAGCGUACCUGGACUUUCCCACCAAAGGCUGACUCUCUUCACUGAACUGAUAAGCCGUAUUUAAAGAACCACAACUCCAAUGUUCCUGCACAGCAAACAGGAAGGAAGCAACAAAAACCCUUCCCAUGUUCGUGCUGUUCACCACCUGUGUUGGGAAUCACCAGUGGGUUGACAGUAUCAGCAUGACGUGGCUGUUUUGGUGGUGUGUCGUGCCGGACGGGGUCAUGUGUUUGCAAGUGGGUGGGGUGGAUUUGGUGAUAAUGAUUUGGACUUUAGUAUUAUGUAUGCCUCUUUUUACUGUUUGCAUCCCAAAACAGGAAGUGAAACUAAAUUUGUGAUUGGUUGAUUUUAUAGGGUUGUGGAUAUACCUGCCUGUGUGCGUGCACAUGCUUCAAGAUGUAAAUGUCCAUGCAGUUAUAUUGGAAAAUGUGUUUUUGUUUGCAAACACAAGCGGAGCUCGCCAUCGGCCGGGCAACAGCAAGAGAACUUUUGAUGUAUGCUGUGGCAUGGUGGUUUAUCUGUUGCCAAGGGAGAUGUGGGGAUAAUCUCAGCUGCUGUCUAAUCUGAGCCCUCGCUGCCCCCUUCUUCUUAGCAGAAGAUACUUGUUUGCUUUUGUAGCACUACACUGUAUACCCAUCCUCCACUUGAGGUCAGGUGAAGGAUUCCCCCCAACAAACCUCUGGCUCCAGGGCGGUUAGCUUCGGGGGGAAAAGCUUGAAACUGGGCCAAGAUCUGAUUUGAAGUGUUUCUCCCAGCCUGAGUGUGUACAUAGGUAAAAUAGAGAGGUUUUAUUGCACAUCUGAGGCUUAUGGUCACAUGAUGCAAGAUGCAGUAUAUGAAAAGUAGGAUGCUUAAUGUAUGGGAGGGAGCUGGGGCGAGUUGAAAUGUGAAGUCAUACUCUAUUCAAUCUCUUUCUACGUCCUUCUUUCUUCCUGUGUGGCUGCCGCUACCGUACAGCAGAGACGGCCAAGGAUCUCUGGCCUAAAAAUGAAGGAAAUGAUAUCAGAGAGGAAACGAGCUCUUCUGGUUAAGGCAUCUGUCAUGGCAGCAGGGACGAGGAGGAAGAGAAGGUCUUUGUAAAGCAUUUAUAUUAUCGCAUCAGUGCAUGCAGAGUUAAGUUCUUUGAUAAUAAUGUGAAGAUUAUAUUUGUGCUCUGUGUUUCACUAUGGUAGGACAUUUUUGUUCUUUUUUUGUUUUUCUGGCUUAUAUCAAUUAACUGAGGAAUAAUUAAUUAUUUAUUUUGUACAUAACAUUAAUUUAUUUCUUUUUUUUAAAUUAAUUUUGUCUUAUAUUUUUUUUCACAACCUUUGUUUCUUGCUGUACAGAAUGACAGUACUCUUCAAAUCAGAGUGCCCAGUCCACAUUCGCUCUUCUCUCUCUCUCUCUCUCUCUCUCUCUCUUCUCUCUCUUAUUUGUCGAUGUACAGAAGUUGUUUUUAACGAUAAAUAUGAACAAUGCUAAACAAUAAUGAAACUAGCAUUGAUGAAUGACCAUACUAUAUACAGAGGCACAGGCGUUCAGGCAGCCAAAAGCAUGAUUGCAUGGUUAGAAUUUGCGCUGUUCAAAGCAAAAAAAGCAGCGAGACACAUUUUAACAGAAGAGCUGGUGUGUUGCCGUCACAAUUUAAAGGAAACAAGUGUACUCUCUCUCUGAUCAUAAUUCUUGAUGAUUCCUCUCGUUCUUUUGAUGAUAUUUAUGAUUCUAUGGUUAUUAUGAUUCUAUUUAUUAUGGACAUUAUUCUUAAUAUUUAAGCUCUCUCUCUCUCUCUCUCUCUCUCUCUGCUGGUUGCUCUUCAUGUUAUUUUGCUCUUUGGUUGAUCUUGUUGUGCAUCUUUGGGAGAGGUGAACCCCCCUGGGAGACCCUGUGCCAUAGACAUUGUGCCACGGUUUCUUACUUUCUUUCUCUUUUUUCUCAUUCUCUCUUUCUCUCUCUCUGUUUUGACUCCCCAGUCACUAACACUGUAAGCAUGCCCCCAUGCGACGAUCCACUUUUUUACUCUUGAAUAAAAUAUGCAUGAACCUUU